UUUUCAACCUUGUCUAUGGCACUUGGCACAAGUGCCCGAGUGAAGUUCAGUUUUGACAGUUGUAAUAGUGGUCAUCUUAUAUUUUUUACCUCCUUGCAUUUUGAUACAAAAUAUUUAUUUAUUCGCAAAGUGGUAUUACGUGAACAAGAUGAAAAUAAGGGCCCACGCAAUUCGAGAACGGUGGAAUGCGACCCGCUAGCUCAAACUGAUAUGUCCACAACAAGAAGCGCCGUGAACGCAAUCCGCGCCCGCCGGGGCCACAAGGAGCGCUCCAAGAACUUCACCGAACUGGAGAAGCGGACGGUGCUCGAGCUGAUCGCGCGCCACCGCGACGUGCUGCGGCAGGGCCGGUCCAACAACGCCACCAACCGGAGCAAACAGCUGGUGUGGUCCACAAUAUGCGAGGAGGUAAACAAGCGCUGCGGCGGCGAGCGACCUCGCACUCCUGCGCAGGUCAAAAUGUGGUACGAGAACUAUAAGAAGAAGUGCAAGAUGCGCGCCCACGACUCGCAGCCACCUCAACCCGACGCGCCCGGCUUACUGGACGGCAUGCUCUGGCAGAACAUUCAUCCGUUAGAAGUUAAAGAUGACGAUGAAGCAGCCACUAGUGAGCACGGCGCGCACAGCGUGAAGGACGAUGACCUACCUGUUAAUAUGAGCAACGGCCGACUCUCGAGCACGAACGACAGCGACGACACGCCCCCCAACCCCCUGGAGCCGCACGUCACCAUCAUCCCGCACUCCCCCUCCCCCUCCCCCGCCCCCACCCCCUGCACCAAGCUGCCCCACCACCCCCUCGCACUCCCCCUCCUCAACCCCCUCGCCAUGGAGCAAGCAAGGUUGCAACAGGAUUUCCUCUUAAAGUUGAAUGAAUUAUCGAAUACGCCGCUCAAUUUGAGUCAUUUAGAGGGGAGGAAUGGGGAUGUUAAGGAUAAAGAGGAGAAGGAGGGAAAUGCUACGGAGGAAGAGAGAUUAUACUUCACCGCAAAACGCCAACACGCCAUAUGGGAGCACGAAGCCAAAAUGAAGAUCCUCAACAUGGAACUCAAACAGAAGGAGGAAAUAUUUUCACUGCAAAAGCAGCUCUUUCUCAUAGAGCUAAGGUUGAAAAUGGAUUUUCUCGAAAAGGCCAGUGGUAAAUAAAGGCCUAUGCAUGCUGUCACUUCAAUUUGUUGACAAAAUGUUGAAAUUUAACCCUUUCACCGCCAAAGACGUCUAUAGACGCGCAUGGUUACAGUGUAAUAUUAACCUUGCAUUCCGAUAGCGCGUUGUAUAUAAUAGGCGCUGUAUUCAAUGGGUUAAAAUACUUCCGCAACUGUCUUCUAUACAUGACAAUGAACACGCCUGUCUUCUAUACGUGACAAGGAACAUUGAAAAAUGCACCUUAACGCAUUGUUAUAAAGAAUUUAUUUGCGUGUAGAUAUACGCGGCGGUUUAUAAGUUAUUUUUAAUGAACUUUUAUGCAUUGAGUAUUGAUGAAAAGUCAAACACAAGUGACGGCUUGCAAGGGUUCAAUAUUAUUUGAUAUUUAUGAUCAAUGGCUUCAUAGCUAUUAGACAUAUGCGCCGUCCAUAAAACGAUCAAUUGGCAUCAUAAUGUAUUACAAAUGUUUAACCUUAUUAACCUCGACGCCGUGUCAAACACAAAAGCUGUCGCUCGGACGCCACGUCACCGAAGCGUCAAAACUUUGAACUGAACUUGAAAAAAAAAUUGAAGUUUAUGCAUAUGCAUGUAUGGUCUAUAUUGCUCUGUGGUCUGUGACGGAUUAAUCCGUCUUCGGCGUUGAACUUAUAUAUCUGUCAUUGGCGUCAAAAAGGUUAAGGUAAAAAAUAUACCUAAAUCAUGGGUUAUAAAAUGUAUUUUUUUAGUAUAAAAAAAUAUGGCGAUCGACGCAUAUGUCUACUCGAUACUCAUAUGGCGUAACGCCAUUUUUUUUCUGUUCUUAUAGCAAUGCAAUCUAGUUAUAAAGUGCCAUCUUCUCAUAAGUUUCCCUAUUAAAAGGCAUACAAUGACUGAGGUGAAACUUUUUCUUUAUUCACUUCGGUCAUUUUAAAGUGAUAUUGUCAUAACUUCGUUUUUUAAUGUGCAAUAAUUUUACUAUUGACAGCAAUAAUGUAUAAUUUGUCUGUUAAAGGAAAGUUAGGUAUAUGGGGUGGAAGUAUUCGGUGCGGUUUGCAAAUUUUCAUAGUAUACUUUUUUAAUACUUGCGGCAAGAACCCGAAAGACUUGAUUUGGUUUAUUCGGGAGCUAACCAUUCAAAGUGUUUUAUUUUUUGUUUAGUUAUAUUUUAUUUUUAAAUCUGUCUAUACGCCGUUAUAACAUGUCGUAUAAGUUGUGAUACACAGCUUAUGGUGUCAUAUUGUGCAAGAACUGUUCAAAGUGCAAUAUUAUUCAAAAUGUGUCUUAUGAACUUUUUAAUCUGACUAGACAAAUUCGCACCGAAUGGGUAAAAAAUUGUGAUCAAAAAUAUCGUUAUUAUUUUUUCUAAUAUAUUUUCGCAUAGCGUUUUAUUUUGUAUCGUUUUUACUUUUUAACAUAGACGUAAUAAUGUGCUUAAGCAACCAUUUUUCCGCCAUGUUGAUUUUUAUAGUAUUAUAUUUUAUAUGUUUUGUUUUUUAGGCAGCUUUGAUGAAAUCGUAUAUUAAAAAAGAGAAACUGCCAAAUAAUAUAGCGGAUUUGUUACUUUUUAGUACUUAGAAAUGUUAAGUUUUCAAUAGAUUAUACAGCCCGUCAAUCGAAUUUAAAUAUCGACAGUUAGAAAACAUUUUCGCAACUUAAAAACAGCGGAAACCGUUUUUCAUAAUAUGGACUAUAUUUAAUGACUUAAGUUACACAAGCAAAAUAAUUAUAACCUCAAACAAUUCUUAUGAAAAUAACUACAUACCUAUAACUACCAAAAAGUUUUUACCUGUUGAUGUUUAGAAUGGGUCUUCGUACUUGACAUAACAACGUGAAAAUUAUUAAAAAAUCCAACGUGAAUUAACCUAGUCCGAUAAUAGUUAUGUGAAGUAGUUAUUAUAAGAAAGUAUUUAUUAUGAAUGAGUACUGUAAUUGUUAGGAAAAUUGACUAGUAUUAAUGGUAAUUACGAAAACCGCCAUUUUAUUGACAUCGAAGAUUAGGGCAGUUUUUUCCUAUUUUUGGUUUAUAUUUUGAGUGCCAAGCGUCUGUCACAACACAAGUUGUAAAUAUACCAAAACUAACAAUUUUAUUUUCUACGUAUAUUCGUUUAAUUUUUUAUUUUAUUUGAAAUAUGCUAAAUGCAUAAAAAAUGGUUAAGAAGGAUACUUUGCAGAUCUAUAACAGAAAUAUGUUCGGACGUCAAAUGACGUCUUAGCGUGGCGUGUUUCCAUCAACGUGAUAUGACGUUCGUGGCGCUCAAAAGCUAAGAAAUGCGUUUGAUUUAUAUAUCCAUAGAUAUAGCUAUUCGUAACGCAAUAGUGCGGUUCAAAAUUGUAACUACUUCAAAUAACUAGCACCUGACAGCCCUAUUUUGAUAUUUUACGUUUUAUUUGGGCUGAAAGGAGUCAGAUGUGCCAAUACAUAUAAAAUUGUUGAUAUAUAAGAAAAAGUAGUUAUUACGUAAAUAGGUACUAUGUGGGUCUUUUUGUAGGUAACCAGCGCUUUAAAAGUAUUCAAUAUCUAAUGUCACAUAUGACAAAAGUGUUGUGUGACCCCUAAAGACCUCUUGGCGUUACACAAUAUGUGUAAACGAUUUAUUAUAGAAGAAAAAUACGUAAAAACGUAGAUAAAAAUGUAUUAAGUAAUGUACAGUAUGAUAUUAUUUUUUGUAGUUACUAUUAAAGUUAGAACGAAAUAAAUUUACAGUACAAAAAAGUAAUUUUCAAUAAAAAGAUACCUCAUGUUAACAGUGUAUUGUAACGAUAAAAAUAGUUGAAUAGUUGUAAAAAAUGAAAUUUUAGAUCCAUUUUUGAUGGGGGCGACCUACACCUACCAUUUUUUCAGUUUUAUUUUUAUUUUAACUAUGUUAUGUGUCCAAAAGGGUUGUCAUAUUCAACAUCAUAACAAUAAACUAACAAUUUUAUCCGUCAUCAAGACAAAUUUAUAUUUGCGGUCGGAAGAAUCAUUGCAUGUGUGUUAAAAACGCGCAGAUGUUUUUUUCGUAUCCGCAAAUAUAAAAUUGUCGUGCUCAUUUAAUACCAUAGAUAAUAAACGUUGCUCAAUGUACCCUGGCAACCCUUUAAAUGUAUUAGAACAUUUCAUAGCAAUAAUUUGGCGUCAGUUGAUAUGUGAUGUUUUUAAUUAAGAUCUCAGUACAGUAAAUAUUGUAAAAUGUCGAUAAAAGUUACCAUUAUAUAUUAAACAAAAUAUAAAAUAUAUAUUUCAAUUGUACAAAAACAUUUUUUUUAGUUCGUCUGUCCAAAUACUCUACUUAUGUUAACGAACAAAAUAUAUCCAAAGGAAACAGAGUACCUUAGCUGUCCUCGGUUUCGUUAUAAUUUUUAAUGUCUGAUUUUUUUUAAUGAUUAUGGUGACUUUUGACGACAUAAUCCAUUUCAGUGUUAAUUGCAAGUAUUGAAAUUCUUUUGUAAUAUUCUAGUUGUUUUAAACAAUCUGACAAUUCGAUAUUAUUGAAAUUAAUAAAGAAUUUAUUUUCUGUU